AAGUUGGCAAGUCAUGGUAUGAUUUUUGGUUUUCUUUUUAAUUAAAAUGAAAAAAAAGAGCGGAAGGAGAAGAAGAAAAUAGAAAGUUCCUACUCGAAGAAACAAAUUUGUUGACCUCUGUAGAAGUAGAUUUAUUUAUAUAAUUCCCAUCAACCCACAAAUACAAAAUCAUAAUUUUCAGGUGUUAAUUUGUGGGUUGUUGGGGAGGAAAAUAAAGGUCGAUGAUGGGUCAUGAUCACGAUCAGCUGAUAUCUCCGGCUGAUGGAUGGGGAAGUCCGGCGAAAGAACAGCAAGCAGCAGGAGUAGGAAUACUGCUGCAGAUAAUGAUGCUUGUUCUUUCAUUUGUACUUGGUCAUCUUUUGCGUCGUCACAAAUUCUAUUACCUUCCUGAAGCUAGCGCUUCUCUUUUAAUUGGUUUAGUUGUUGGUGGACUAGCUAACAUCUCAAAUACAGAAACAAGCAUCAGGGAAUGGUUUAACUUUCACGAGGAGUUCUUUUUUCUUUUCUUGUUACCACCCAUCAUAUUUCAGUCUGGUUUCAUUCUUGCACCUAAACCAUUUUUCUCAAAUUUUGGGGCUAUUGUGACAUUUGCUAUACUUGGGACCUUCAUAGCCUCACUUUUGACCGGCCUUCUAGUGUAUCUUGGUGGAGUCACGUAUCUCAUAUACAAGCUCCCAUUUGUUGAAUGUAUGAUGUUUGGUGCUCUAAUAUCUUCAACCGAUCCUGUCACUGUUUUGGCGAUAUUUCAGGAACUCGGCACAGAUGUGAAUCUUUAUGCCUUGGUUUUUGGAGAAUCUGUUUUAAAUGAUGCAGUUGCAAUUUCCUUAUACAGGUCAAUGUCGUCUUUGAAAGGUCAGACAUCAAGCCAGAGCAUAUUCAAGUUUGCUUUAAGCUUUCUUGAAACUUUUGCUGGCUCGUUGUCUUCAGGUGUUGGCGUUGGAUUCAUAUCUGCUCUGCUGUUCAAAUAUGCAGGUCUAGACAUUGAGAACCUUCAGAACUUGGAAUGCUGUCUUUUUGUUCUUUUCCCAUACUUCUCGUACAUGCUUGCUGAAGGUCUUGGGCUUUCUGGUAUUGUGUCCAUAUUGUUCACUGGCAUUGUCAUGAAGCACUAUACUUACUCAAAUUUGUCUGAGAAGUCCCAACAAUUUGUAUCUGAAUUUUUCCAUCUAAUAUCAUCAUUAGCAGAGACUUUUAUAUUCAUAUACAUGGGCCUUGAUAUUGUCAUGGAAAAGCAUAGCUGGUCACACAUUGGCUUUAUCUUCUUUUCUAUUAUAAUUAUUGUGCUUGCCAGGGCUGUGAAUGUGUUCUCUUGUGGAUAUCUGGUCAAUUUGGUUCGACCAGCAAAUCGGAAAAUACCAAUGACUCAUCAGAAAGCGCUUUGGUUUAAUGGACUCAGAGGGGCUAUGGCAUUUGCUCUUGCUCUUCAGUCUGUUCAUGAUCUGCCUGACGGCCAUGGCCAGACGAUAUUCACGGCGACCACCGCAAUAGUUGUUUUAACGGUUUUACUAAUUGGGGGGUCAACAGGAACCAUGCUUGAAUCAUUGCAAGUUAUUGGUGAUGCUCCUGAUGUCCACUUAGAUAGCUUCAAUAGGAGUGAUGGCUAUGUAUCUCCUCAACUGGAAGAAGAGGAAUCAUCUUCCAACAGAUUCAAAUUGAGACUUAAAGAAUUUCAUAGAAGUGCUCCAUCCUUUUCAGCUUUGGAUAAAAACUAUCUGACUCCGUUCUUCACUACCCAGUCAGGUGAUGAAGAAGAAGAUCUAAUGCCGACUCCUAGAAGAGAAAUCUACAGCAGUCGCAGCUGACCACAUUUAUAAAUGACAACCUAGUUGUAGAAAACACCCUGACAUGAUACAUUAUGCCCUGAUGACGAGUGAGAAAGGCAACGCAUGAAGACAAGAUAUCCGUACAUAUGCUAGUGAGUUGGUCCAUGUGACCACACCUGCUUGUAGAGUUGUAGUGUGGUUCAAUACUAUGGUAAUAUAUGCAAAAAAGAUUGGUUAAGUGGUUGUUAGCUGAUCAUCAUCGGAGGCUUCUAUUUUCAAGAUCAUGUGAUCGUAGAGGUUAUCGAUAGUAAUGGAUUCCGAGUUCAAUGCAUGUAUAGAGAUCAUCUGUCAACAGUAUAGAUCAGUUCAACUAAACUUUAUGCUUCAAGGCUGUUCUUUCCUUUUCCUGCCGUUUCCUUUUGUUUUCAAUCAUAAAGUUAUUGUAGAGUUGGAGACUUCAGUUGCAAAUUGCGAUGGUUUAGAGCGCUUGUGAUGAAUACGACCUUGAUUCAAAGGUUUCAUGCAAGGAGGUUCGCUAACUGUUGCCGACUCUUGAUGUUCGCUAGCUUAUUCAAGGCUUGUGGUAAUACAACUCCAUUUGUGCUUUGCAACCCGUUGUUUCGUUGCUCAAAUCUAUCACUCCCAAUGGUUG